CAGAGUGCGGCGCGGGAGCGGGGCAGGAAGUCUCGUGCGCCUGAGUCAGGGGAGGAGGGGGAGCGGCUGUCGGGCGCUCGGGGUGGCGAUGGCGCUGGAGACCCUGUCCCCGGACUGGGAGUUCGACCGCCUCGACGACGGGUCGCAGAAAAUUCAUGCUGAAGUGCAAUUGAAGAAUUAUGGAAAAUUUCUUGAGGAAUAUACAUCUCAGCUGAAGAGAAUUGAAGAUGCUUUGGAUGACUCUGUUGGAGAUGUUUGGGACUUCAGUCUCGAUCCCAUUGCAUUAAAGCUUUUGCCAUAUGAACAGUCCUCCCUACUGGAGCUCAUAAAGACAGAAAACAAGGUUCUAAACAAAGUAAUAACUGUGUAUGCUGCCCUUUGCUGUGAAAUCAAGAAGUUAAAAUAUGAGGCAGAAACUAAAUUUUAUAAUGGCCUCUUGUUUUAUGGAGAAGGAGCCACAGAUUCCAGCAUGGUGGAGGGAGAUUGCCAAAUACAGAUGGGAAGAUUUGUUUCUUUCUUGCAGGAGCUGUCUUGCUUUGUUACCCGAUGUUAUGAAGUGGUGGUGAAUGUAGUGCAUCAGUUGGCAGUUCUCUAUACCAGCAACAAGAAUGCACCUAAAAUUAUAGAGACAUCUGGAGUUCAUUUUCAGGCAAUGUACGAGCAUCUGGGAGAGUUGCUCACAGUCUUAAUCACUCUGGAUGAAAUAAUUGACAAUCAUGCCACUCUGAAAGAUCACUGGACCAUGUAUAAGAGGCUGCUAAAAUCUGUCCAUCACAACCCUUCUAAGUUUGGGAUUCAAGAAGAUAAACUGAAGCCAUUUGAAAAGCUACUGUUAAAACUGGAAUGCCAAUUACUUGAUGGAAUGAUAUUUCAGGCCUGUAUAGAGCAACAGUUUGAUUCUGUAAAUGGCGGAGUGUCAGUGUCGAAGAACAGCACGUUUGCUGAAGAAUUUGCUCAUACUCUUCGCACAGCUUUUGCAAAUGUGGAAGCUAAACUUGGCGAACCUUCAGAAAUUGACCAGAGAGAUAAAUACGUGGGCAUUUGUGGCCUCUUUGUACUGCAUUUUCAGAUUUUUCGGACCAUAGACAAGAAAUUUUACAAGUCAUUGUUGGAUGUCUGUAAAAAGGUACCAGCCAUCACAUUGACUGCUAACAUUAUCUGGUUUGCUGACAACUUCCUGAUUCAGAAGAUACCAGCUGCUGCCAAAUUUUUGGACAAGAAAAGUAUUCAUACAGUUAAAAUGCAAAGGGAGAACUUUCUACAGCAGAAGGCACAGUCACUUACUAAAGAUAUGCAGUCAUAUUAUGUUUUUGUGAGCUCAUGGAUGACAAAAAUGGAAUCUAUCUUGUCAAAAGAGCAACGCGUGGAUAAGUUUGCUGAGGAUCUUUCUAACCGCUGCAAUGUCUUCAUCCAGGGCUUUCUUUAUGCAUACAGUCUUAGCACCAUCAUUAAAACUACAAUGAAUCUCUACAUGUCAGUGCAGAAACCUAUGACCAAAACCUCGGUGAAAGCUCUAUGCAGACUUGUGGAACUUCUGAAGGCAAUAGAACACAUGUUUUACCGAAGAAGUAUGAUUGUGGCAGAUUCUGUGACGCACAUCACUCAGCAUCUGCAGUAUCAGGCUCUUCACUCUAUUUCUGUAGCCAAGAAAAGAGUCAUUUCUGAUAAAAAGUACAGUGAGCAACGCCUGGAUGUCCUGUCUGCUUUGGUGUUGGCUGAGAACACCCUCAAUGGGCCAAGUACAAAACAGAGGCGACUAAUUGUUUCCCUCGCCCUGAGUGUGGGAACACAGAUGAAAACUUUUAAAGAUGAAGAACUCAUUCCCCUUCAGUUAGUCCUGAAAAAACUAGACUUGAUCAGUGAACUUACAGAGCGAAUUCGAGCACAAUGUGACUGUUGUUUCUUAUACUGGCAUCGAGCAGUCUUUCCAAUCUAUUUAGAUGAUGUGUAUGAAAAUGCUGUUGAUUCUGCUAGACUGCAUUAUAUGUUUAGUGCACUACGGGACUGCGUACCUGCUAUGAUGAAUGCAAGACACUUGGAAUCUUACGAGGUGCUUCUGGAAUGCUAUGACAAAGAAAUCAUGGAAGUGCUCAAUGAGCACUUGCUGGACAAAUUAUGUAAAGAGAUUGAAAAGGACUUGCGCUUAUCAGUUCAUACACACCUAAAGCUGGAUGACAGAAACCCCUUCAGAGUUGGCAUGAAGGACCUAGCUCACUUCUUCUUUCUGAACCCAAUACGUUUUUUCAAUCGAUUCAUUGACAUAAAAGCUUAUGUAACUCACUACUUGGACAAGACCUUCUACAACUUAACAACUGUAGCUCUUCAUGACUGGGCCACCUACAGUGAAAUGAGAAACCUAGCAACUCAACGCUAUGGUUUAAGUAUGACUGAAGCACAUCUUCCUAGCCAGACUCUGGAACAGGGUCUGGAUGUUUUGGAAAUCAUGAGAAAUAUUCAUGUUUUUGUAUCCCGCUACCUCUACAAUCUGAAUAAUCAGAUCUUCAUUGAAAGAACAAGUAAUAACAAACACUUGAACACUAUCAAUAUCCGACACAUUGCUAAUUCAAUUCGAACUCAUGGAACAGGAAUCAUGAACACAACAGUAAACUUCACUUACCAAUUUCUGAGGAAAAAGUUUUAUAUUUUUAGUCAGUUCAUGUAUGAUGAACAUAUCAAAUCCAGACUUAUCAAAGACAUCAGGUUCUUCAGGGAAGUCAAGGAUCAAAAUGAUCACAAGUAUCCCUUUGAAAGAGCAGACAAAUUCAACCGUGGCAUCAGAAAACUUGGAAUAACCCCGGAUGGCCAGAGCUAUCUUGACCAGUUCAGACAACUCAUAAGUCAAAUUGGCAACGCUAUGGGCUAUGUACGAAUGAUAAGAUCCGGUGGACUUCACUGCUGUAGUAGUGCAAUUAGGUUUGUUCCUGAUCUGGAAGAUAUUGUUAACUUUGAAGAGCUGGUGAAAGAAGAAGGACUUUCAGAAGAAACACAAACAGCAGCAAGGCAGUUGGACUCUGUCCUCAGUGACCUCACGCGCAACUUUGCAGAAGGAACGGAGUACUUCAAAAUGCUUGUGGAUGUAUUUGCUCCUGAAUUCCGCAGCCCAAAGAAUAUGCAUUUGCGGAACUUCUAUAUAAUUGUUCCCCCACUGACCCUCAAUUUUGUGGAGCAUUCAAUCAGUUGUAAGGAGAAAUUGAAUAAGAAGAAUAAAAGUGGAGCAGCUUUCACUGAUGAUGGGUUUGCCAUGGGUGUGGCUUACAUUCUGAAGCUUUUGGAUCAGUACCAGGAGUUUGAUUCUCUGCACUGGUUCCAGUCUGUUAGAGAGAAGUACAUAAAGGAAAUAAGAGCAGUAGCUAAGCAACAGAAUGUGCAGUCCACUAAUCAAGAUGAAAAACUACUGCAAACUAUGAACCUUACACACAAGAGACUGGAAGUUUGUUUACAGGAAUUUGAACUCCUUUAUUUCUCACUAAGUAGUGCAAGAAUUUUUUUCAGAGCAGAUAAAACUGCAGCAGAAGAAAACCAGGAAAAGAAAGAAAAAGAAGAAGAAUCUGUUAAAGCAAGCAAUGGAGAUCUUUCCAACUCUACGCCUGCAGAUCCUGUUGUGAAAUGAUAUGGCUGGUCUGAUUUGCAUCCACAGAAGUAAAGAAAUCCAGAGCCAAGACAGAACCACAAUCAGCUCUUCCUUUUAUGACCAGGCACUGUGUGAUGGGUGUCUGUAACUAAGAAGUGAUCUUACACUUCAUGAAUAUGUUGUGCCUAAUUGCAGGUUUCAGCCUCGAUUCUGUAUUUCCUAGCCUUUGUAGGUCUGUUGUACUGUCUGUGUUGUUCAUACAGUCUUACAUGCCUGACUAUUAACAAUAAUUGCACUGCAGGCUUCAGAAGCUGCUGAACACUGUGAGAACUCUGUAUAAAUACAACAUCUGUUAAUGCCUGCAAGUAGAGGUUCUAGAUUGUGCAAGUUACUCAGAUUCCUAACUUAAGUAGCUAGACUUAGCUUAAAAGUAAACAGAACUUUCAUUAAAAGGUGUAGUUGUGUUUCAGUCUCCCAGAACAUAAAACACUUCUAGGUCUUACUAACUAGAAAAAACUACUCUAGUCAGUCCAACUGAGAAUUACUUUUUGGAGGGAUUUUUUGGCAUUCUUAACUGUAUUUUUUUUUUUUUUUUAGACCAUACUUGCCAGCUUCUUUAAUCCCUUCCAAUUACAAAAAAUGUAAUGUUUUAAUGGUUCAAAUUGUUCCAUUCACCCUUGGGUCACUGGUUAAGACAAUUCCUGACAUACUUCUGGUUUGCCCUUUCCUGCCAGUCACUUCAAUAUUCAGAAAGCUCGGACAAAUGUUUUGUUGCAACUGGAAAGACUGGGCUGAUCUGAAAGUCCUUUUGUUGGUUCUGGAAACAUCACACAAAAGUUUCAUGGACUGUUUAAAUCAGCUGAGCUCAUUAAACUUUUUAUUUUUAAUCAAUGAUAACUGCAGAGACUGCCCUAAAAAAUGCUGCAUUACUUGAUUUAUAUUUUUGCUUUUUUAUUUUGAUACAGGUAUUUUUUUUAACUUGUGUAACUUUCUUUUUUGACCAAAUUGUGCCCGCACUGAAUGCUCAGCAUUGCUGCUGAGAUCAACAUUCUCGCUGCUGCUGCUAAUUUCCAUACUGUUGCAAUUGCAGUGGACAUAUUUCCGUAUUCCCAUCUCCUCUGAAGUCACUUAAGUUCUUGGCUUGGGGUGGCCAAGCACUACAUUUCCUUCUUCCACAGCAACUGCAGAAUCGCAUAUAGAUGGUGUUUGUUUCCCCCAGGAUGGAGUUGCAGGGUAGCUAGGUACAGUCAAGAUAUUACCCAUGUUCUAAUAAAAUCUGCACUUGUAUUUUCCCUUCUCCUAUUUUUUUUUUCUUUUGGAAAGACACCAUCUCGGAUAGGUAAUACUUUGCAGUUGAACAUAAAUUGACCUGUGGUUUGUUUUUUUUUUAAUGUGUGGUGGUUAACAAAUUCGUGUGGUUCUGGUGAUGGAAAGUCUACAGGAAAGACAUAAGCCUAUUUUUAUAGAAGCCUGUUUAAUCCGGGAGACCUGAAUGUAUACUAUAUAUUGCAAAAAUAUAUACAUACACACAAAUGUGUACAGUGAUAGAGCUAUUCUUGCUAAUACAGGAUUGUAGUUUAUAUUUCCUUCUUUUUGUCAUUGAGCAGCAGAUACCUGCAGAAAGCUUUUCUCAUCUGAAAUAGAGUGGGUGCUGGAUGUAGAUGUGACACCCUCCUCUGUGUCAGUGAGAGUCACAUUAAAUCAUUUUCCCCCAUGAGAAUCUGGAAGGGGUGCAAAAUUCUUGCUGUGGUGCUACAACUAUUUGCAUUGCUUUUGCUCUCCUGUUCCAAUUAUAGGCACAAGAUGGACCUUAACUGGUUGUCUGGAAAGGAGAUGAUGGAGUUAAAACAAAAAAUCCCCCAAACUAAACAGAAUGAGCUCCCUCAAAAUUCCCAGAGGUGUUAAAGUGAGGAUGAUGAGUUUGCUGCAGGGACAUAAGCCAGAUCUCUAGUGGGUUUUUUCCUUUGAGUGGGGGGCAGAACAGUCUCCCCAAGAAGGCCAGUGCCACCACUGCCCUUGUGUGACAUAACCUCAUCUUGUGAUGAGGCUGUUGCAUGGAGAAGUGGUAGCAGCUGCUCUCCUGGGGCUCUUGCAACCUGUUUCUGAUGCGGUGCUGUGCCCUUUGAUGCCAGAAGCCCUGGGGGUGCUGUGCCCAGCACCAUGGUUAGGGGGGAGUGGAGCACAGCGAUGCCUCGCUUGCUUUCAUCCCCAAGGUUGGAAGGUGUUUGUGUUGACAGGUGAUACAUGAUGGCUACAGCAGCACCCAACUGGGGUUGGACUGCUGGUGCUGAAGGGUAGGUUCUGGAGGUCCUGAUGCAGUCUGUAAUCAGAAGUAAAUUUGAGUUUUCAUCUGAUGUCUGUCGACAACAGCUGUUUUCAGCUUCUCAGGUACAAAGGACCAAAUGUAACACUUAAUGUUUCCUAACUCAUUGUACAAAAGGGUAUUUUGUUACCUCGGUCUCUUUGGUUUGAGUAGAGAACAUUAUGUACAUAAAACUGUGUUAAUAAAUGUAAUUUUGAGAACUUCA